UAAAAAAACAAAAAAACAAGAAAAAACAAAACAACAAAUGAGCUCUUAUUUUGUAAACUCGUUCUGCGGUCGUUAUCCUAAUGGCCCAGACUACCAGUUACAUAAUUAUGGAGAUCAUAGCUCGGUGAACGAGCAAUACAGGGAUUCCGCGACCAUGCAUUCCAGCAGGUACGGCUACGGUUACAAUGGGAUGGAUCUUAGCACUGGGCGUUCGACCUCGAAUCACUUUGGCGCUGGUGAAAGUGCUCCCAGCUAUGCAUCUAGUGCAACAACAACAUCUGCAGAAACCAGGUACAACCAACCUGCAACAGCCUCCCACUCGUCUCUACCUGACCCAUUAGCUUGCGGUACCGCUGCCAGCUCUCCGGUCAGCGAGCCUCGCCGCGCUGUAAGAAACCCCAUAGCUAGCCCCACUACCUCUUCCUCCACGUCUCACAGCAGCAGCAGCAGCAGCAGCACUCACUUAUGCAGAGAUGGGGUUGGCAAGUCGUCUGGUACUGAGGAUGACACUCCGGCAAGCAGCGGCCAGACAAGUUCACAGAACGGCCAGAAUGCAUCGGAAUCAUCACAACCCCAGAUAUACCCAUGGAUGAGAAAGCUACACAUGAGUCACGACUCCAUGGCGGGACCAGAAGGGAAACGAGCUCGGACCGCCUAUACGAGAUACCAGACUCUGGAACUCGAGAAAGAAUUCCACUUCAAUCGAUACCUGACGCGGAGACGGAGGAUCGAAAUCGCACAUGCUCUGUGCCUCUCUGAGAGACAAAUUAAAAUCUGGUUCCAGAACAGGAGAAUGAAGUGGAAAAAAGAUAACAAGCUGAAAAGCAUGAGCAUGGCAGCUGCAGGAGACGUCUAUCGCCCUUAAUUUCAGAGCACUUCACAGGGUACUGGCGAUGGAAGAUGGACUAUUACCGUAAAGUCAGCACUACAGAGACUUCCCAAACUCUAGAGUACUUCUUUGAGAAUAGAAGAACAAAUAAUAACAACACCUUGGUCUAUUCCAGUCUUUUGUGUAAGAUCGUAUAAUAAUGCUUGUAUGAGUAGACCCGCUUUCUGUAAAUGUAUUGUCUUGAAUCUGCAUCGUCUUAACACAAAAAGUAGAUGUUUUAACUUAUUUACUGUAACUCAGAAAGAAAGCAUGUUACUUGAAGUAACAGUAAAACCCGUUUAGUACAAUUGUUAUGUGUUGCACUCGAACUGCAAAAUUGUGUACGUGUCUGCAUUGUAUGCUUAAAUGUCUAAAUAGCUCCAAGCUGUAAGAAAAAAAGAAACUUUGGUUUCAAACUACCUGUUUUCUUUGUAACCGAUGCUAUCGUUAUUUUAAAUAUUGCAAUACUACCUAUCUUGUAAUGGUGUAAAUGUAGUGCGUUGUGAACACGUUAAGGAACUAUGAUUCCAAAAACAGUAUGUCCUUGCUGUGCCUUUGUAUGACUCUUUGCACGAAUUACAGUAAUGUUUUUUUUUUUUUUUUUUUUUUUAAGCGUAUCUAAUGUUUGUUUUUUUUUUUUGUGAAAAAGACUAUUCAUUAUUGUCCAAGUUUGGCUGUCUGAACAUAUCGUAGUAAGCUUUUGUAUUUGUUUUUAAGACUGACUGGAAAUUAAAAAAAAAAAAUUCUAACGAUAAUAAACUUUCUAUAGUAACGUUUCUGUAUUCAAAUGUUUAUGUGUAGCUUAACAACGAAAGAAAAUAACUUUGGGUUUCGUUUUCCUGAUCAGCGUAAUUAUGAGUUAAUAUAACACUUUGGUUUUUUUAUAGUUAAUGUGUAAAAAAAAAAAAAAAAAAAAAAAAAAAAGUAAAGGCUGUUUUAUCUGUAGACCUGCAGAUGAAUUUCAAGCACUCUACUGCACACAAUUUCGGGAAUAUCGUUAUGACCACCUGAUUCCAGCGAAAUGCUUUUCCAGCCUAUGAUCUUAAUCCAGAUAAAAACUGGAUCUGAAAAUCAAACUCUGUAGGCACUUCAAGGUCUUUCAUCAGGUGAUCUUAGUAGACCUAUACCUAUCUCACUUCCCAAGUUUCAUUUUUUAUAAUAGUUCAACAGGUAUAAGGCACAUUAACUGUAACUGUACUUACCCAUAGGCUUGGCCGGUUAAAGUCUCCCUGUCACUAAACUGCAAGAGGGAAUCUGCAUCUGUACCCUAACGGGUUACAUGUUAGUCCUUUUGAAGUUUAACGCACUAAACUUUAUUAGCCCCAGUUCCGGCUAUAUGACAUUUGGGUGCCAAAUGAAUGGGGUUUUGUCUAUGAAUUAGAUCGUCCAUAGCAGAGACAGAUAGGCUAUAAACAGUCACGUGGUGCCAUUAAAGUAAGUUUUAUGGUUUUGGGGAGUUGACAUCAACCGUAUAUUCCACAUAGCAUGUAAUCACACUGACUCAGGACUUCAUUUGAC